CGUACGAUUAUACGAGUGCACGUUUGCACAGUUGUUUGCUAGAUUUAAGAGRUGUUCUGUACGUUUGGAAAAAUGUAUAUCUGCGAAGGAUGUGUAGAAUUGACAAAAAAUAAAAUUUCAAUAAAUUAAAGUGAAUAUUCUUUGUGUAAAACACAAUGGUUGCUUAAUAUUUGCAAAUAUGUGUUAAAGUGUAUUGUGAAGUGCUUUUAAUGGUGCCACCAGUAGAAUUUCACAGAUAUAUAAGUAAAAGAAAGCGAAAGCCAACACAGCAUCCUUUUUAUUUUUAUCCCUUGCCUUUGCUUCAUCUUUCCUUUUACUCGUUAUUCCUUUAUGUGCGCGUUAUUCGUGAACUGCUCCACCCUCGACGUCCUUGUAAAGAGAGUAGUUUCGUGAAUUAUCUGGCUAAACAAUGUAUAAAAAGUGAUACAAAAGAAGCGGGAAGUGUUGUUUGUGUUUGAUGGGGGUGUGAAGUAAAAAAAAAAAWAAAAUAGAAAAAUACAACAAAAUAAGUGCGACUAAAAUAGCAAACGGCAAAGAGCAGUGCAUUCAAAGCCAACUUAUACAAGCAAGAAAUUGAAAGCAAAACUUGCAGAAAAACAAGUCGCGUCAUUGAGUCGCCAACRCUGCGCGAUUCCAGCUCCAUAGUGCGCUUCCGUCGUGUGUGUGUGUGUGUGAACAUAUGUGAACCGCUGCAACUUCAAGGAGCCGUGCAUUCUGCCACCGGCGUCACAAAGUCGUUUUUACUUAAUACCAUCAUUAUUGUAUUUGAAAUCUUUUGACACAAUUGCCUAACCAACACUUGGGAGAUACAUACCGUAUAAUCAUUCAACAUUAUUGGUAGUAAACUCUUUAUAUUAAUUAACAAGUGCCGACAAGUGUGUGUGUACCUAAAAUGUAUCUUAAACGAAUUUUCGAGAAAAUUAUAGUUUAGAUCCGCUUUAUAUGCCGCUUUCCUGUURAAUUAGUGUUGUUUAAAGUCAGUUUAAAGCAGCUCAUAUACUCMUAAAUACGUUGUUGCUGUAAUUGAAAACGAAAGCUGCAGUUGAACACUUAAAAGAUUACACUUCAACGACUCUGAAGAUUAUUGCAUCAGCACAUAACGGGUGACAUUGGGAAAUGAACCUACACCUUUAGAAUCAAAUUAACACASCACUUUUCCGAUGCGAGUAACCGCGCUGAGCUAAAAUUUAACCAAAGUCACAAACAAGUUAGAGAAUACUCCCCACRCAACGUUUUCAUUAUUUGAGACGCCACGAAAUUUAUGCCCGGAGUAGGUGCCGGGCAGUGCUGGACAUGUUGGAACGUCGUCCCUUAUGGGGAUUAAUAGUAUUGUUGAAUGUCUGCGUAGUGAUAUGGCGAAUGCAGGAACCGGCUAUGCUGAAUGUCGAAUACGACGGCAGCGGUGCGGGGAGUGCGAACGUACAGCAAAACUCAGACUUCGACGAUUACGUGCCGCCAUUGCAYCUACAACGGCAACAACGCCAACAACAGCAGCAACCACAGGUCGAACAACGGUCCUCAGUGUGGCGCAGAGGUGUCGCGAUGCGCAAUGCCAUAGCACAACAACAGCUAUACGCUGGUAAACAUCUUCUAGCCGAUAGCGCCGAGGCAAAUGAAAUCGCUGCCAAAGUAACGCGAAAAGCGGACGACAGUCUUCACAUUAGCGGCCACACUAGUAGUAGUAGUAGUAGUAGUAGCAGUACCAGUAGCAGUAGUAGUACGCAUAGGUCUAGUACUAGCCAUAAGAAUAAGAGUCAACACCUAUUUAACGAGCACACGACGAGUCUACGAAGUGUCAGCUCAGUUAAAAGUACGCCAUCACCGUUAGUCACAGCGGCAACACUGAAGAACACUGCAGAGUUGCAAACCACAACGAUAGGCAAUGCGAGAGCGUAUAGUUUUCCACCGGAUGACUUCCAUCAAUUAAUUGAUCUGCACGACUUUACGUACCUUAUAAGCCAGAACAGCUGUAGUCCGGAUGUGCAAGCACUAAUCUUAGUGCAUUCGGCGCCAGCCAAUGAGGAGAAGCGACGCCUUAUACGCGAGACGUGGGGCAAUACCGAUCAAUUGCCACCCGUGAAUGGUGUUUUGCCAUUGCGGAUUAUCUUUUUGAUCGGUAACGUCGAGACCGAAGCGCUGCAGUUGGAUAUAGAGCGUGAGAAUUUCGAAAACGGCGAUAUUGUGCAGGGUUCCUUUGUGGAUAGCUAUCGCAAUAUGACCUAUAAGCAUGUGAUGGCUUUGAAAUGGUUUCUAUAUAAUUGUGCGCAGGCGCAAAUUCUCAUCAAGGUCGACGACGAUGUCUACGUGAAUACACCGCAACUACUCAUCUACCUGGAACGUGCUGCUGUGAAUAGUGAUGUGGAAAAUGUCGCCGCCGCCGCCGCUGCUGCGGAUGUUCAAGCCAGUGCUGCCAUAUCUCUACAAAAAACCGCCGAUAAAGAUAGAAAAGCUUUUGAGCAUAAUACUAUUGUAGACACUGAUAGUAGUAGCGGUAGUAGUACGAGCAACAGUAAUAGUGUACGAAAUGCUGCCGAUGCCAAUGCUGCACACACACACACAAAUAACACACAAUUCAAUGCUGCACAAAUGAUAUUCCGCCAUCCACGCGAUUUGCUACUCUGCAAAACCAACAUCAACGCUAUGGUCAAACGCAGCUACCGCUCGAAAUGGCGCGUCACAGCACGCGAGUUCCCCGGCCGGUACUAUCCGCCCUACUGUCCCGGCUAUGCCAUCAUCUAUUCGCCCGACGUGGUGCUAGCUUUAUAUAACGCCGCACAGGUGUCGACCUACUUCUGGAUCGAUGACGUCCAUAUAACGGGUGUUUUGGCGCAGAAUCUGAGUAUCGCCAUCACAAACGCCGACCAAUACAUACUCUACGAAACCGAUUGUGACAACUUGCUCAAUGACACGGUGAAUAGUGAUGACGUGGAGUUCUUGUACGCUUGGCAUUUGAUCAAUCCCCAGCAGGUGCAACGGCUUUGGGAGAUGUAUGUGGCCAAAGCCCACAGACACUUGUCGGCUGCKCCAACAUCCRCCAGCGCUGCAGCGCUGCACGCCGCCGCCAAGCAGCAGACAUCACCCCACCCGACUGAGUACAAUAARUAUAAGAGAUACAGAUAGUAACAUUAACUCGUGCAUAUAAAUUUACACAUACAAGCACAUUUGUCAUAAUACAUAUAAGUUCUUUACGUUUUACUUUUUUACUAUAAUAUUUUAUUUUAAAAUUGAAUAAGAGAAAUUGAUUUUAGUUAGGAUCUGUGUAAAGGCAGUACGUUUAAAGUUAAUAACUUGUGUAUAUUCCAAUGUGUGAACGUGUAAAAUAAGGCGCAACAAGCGUAAAAAAUCAUGUAAAAAGCAAAUAUUCAAUAAAAUAUUUAUCUCAUAUAUGUAUAUGUAAGUGACCAUUCUGCACAAAUCUCAUAUCAUAUAGUGCAAAUGUUUGACAUCAAAACUUUAGAUUAAAAUUAUAUACACACAUAUAUACGUACAUGUGUAUGUAUGUGUGAAAUGAAUACGUUUGAGCUGUGCAAACGAUAACAAUUCGCCUAGGAGUACAUAUGUACCUACAUAUUUUGCGAUCGGAAUUGUAGAGCGRGUUUUGGCUAAAGCUGUCAAAGCGCGCUUAAAAAAUAAUUUAAUGAAUUAGUUCAGUUGGUUUUACUAGGCAUACGUAAUUUAAAGUUCAUUUUUAAAACUAUGUAUUUAUGAUAAUUUUAGUGAAAUUAAAACAAAUUAUUUUUAUUAUAA